UAUAUUGUCAACGACACCCACCUCCCUAUUCCUUAAAGCACUUAUCUUCUUCUGCUUCUUCAAUGCCAUUCUCAUCACCGUUUUUUUAUGUUUCUUGUUGGUAUCUAAACCCAAAGGAUUUUUACCAAAGUAUAGCUAUUAGUUCAGUUCAUAUAUUACACUACAGAGUGCAUAUACUCAAAUAUACACUAGUAGAUGAUGGAGUCAACGACCCACAAGUACCCCUUCAUAAAAAACUAUGCCUUUUUCUACUUCUGCUUCUUUCUAUGUCCUCUCUUAGUCUCAGCUUCUUCAAAAUCAACCAAUUCAUUCCCUAAAGAAGCAUUCCCAACAAAGCAUGGUUACCUUCCAAUAAGUCCCACUUCAACUUCUUCCAUUUUCUAUGCUUUCUACGAAGCACAGAACUCAACUUUACCUCUCUCUCAAACUCCACUUCUCAUAUGGCUCCAAGGUGGUCCUGGCUGCUCCUCCAUGAUUGGAAACUUGUAUGAACUUGGACCGUGGCGUGUCACCGAAUCACUCACCCUUCAACCCAACCCUGGUGCUUGGAAUAGAAUCUUUGGCCUUCUUUUCCUUGACAAUCCCAUUGGAACUGGCCUCAGUGUGGCCUCAACGAGACAAGAAAUUCCAACGGAUCAAAACGGCAUUGCAAAGCAUCUUUUUGCUGCUAUAACCAGGUUUGUUCAACUUGACCCCCUUUUCAAGAAUCGCCCUAUUUAUAUUACUGGUGAAAGCUAUGCAGGGAAGUAUGUGCCUGCAAUUGGGUACUAUAUAUUAGAGAAAAAUGCAAACUUGAAUGUUUCUGAAAGAGUGAAUUUGGCUGGUGUGGCUAUUGGGGAUGGAUUAACUGACCCCGAAACUCAAGUGGUUAGUCAUGCUGUGAAUGCUUAUUAUGUUGGAUUGAUCAAUAAGAGGCAGAAGAAUGAGUUGGAGAAAGCUCAAUUGGAAGCAGUUAGAUUGGCCCAGAUGGGCAAUUGGAGUGAAGCAACUGAUGCAAGAAACAAAGUCUUGAAAAUGUUGCAGAGCAUGACAGGGUUGGCUACUUUAUAUGACUAUACAAGGAAAACACCCUAUGAGGAUGAUUUGGUUGAGCAAUUCUUGAACAUUGGCGAGGUGAAGAAGGCCUUGGGGAUCAAUGAAUCAUUUGCGUAUGAGUCAUGCAGUGAUGUUGUUGGGGAUGUAUUACAUGCUGAUGUGAUGAAAAGUGUGAAAUAUAUGGUGGAAUACUUGUUGAGUAGGAGCAAGGUGUUGUUAUAUCAAGGUCAGCAUGAUUUGAGGGAUGGUGUGGUUCAAACAGAGGUUUGGGUGAAGACAGUGAAAUGGGAAGGGAUUGUGGAAUUUCUGAAUUCUGAAAGAAAAAUAUGGAAGGUUAAUGGAGAGCUUGCAGGGUAUGUUCAAAAUUGGAAGUCUCUCACCAAUGUUGUGGUUUUGGGGGCUGGUCAUCUUUUGCCUACUGAUCAGCCAGUUAAUUCUCAAAAAAUGAUAGAAGAUUGGGUUUUGGAAAGGGGUUUGUUUAAAUAGCAGGAAAAUGUUUCAAGAAAUUUCACUUCGUUGUAUUUGUAGUGAAACUAGCGACAUUAAACCGUGAGUGAGAGUGAGAUUACUAAUGGAUGAGGUUUAAGAAUCUCAUUUCAAGAAAAUGAAUGGUUUAGCAGGUUUAGUAUUUUUUUUUUUUUCUCUGUAUAAUUCUACGUCAUUAUUAGUGCACGACUUAGCUAUGGAGAGUUUCCAAUUUUAUAUCAGAACUCAAAAUUACAUGUAAAAGCAAAAAUAGUUUUAAAUGUCACCAGACUAUUGCUAAAACAAA